UGUUUAGUUCGAUGUUGGACGUGUAGGAAUAUGUUCGCGGUAUCGUGUAUUUGUUCACUUGCGUCAGUUGUAAAUUUUAGAGUGAUUGUUGGAUGGUUCGCGAUCGCGAUGCAGUUAAGGACGUAACUGGAAUCCAGUAGAAUCGAAUUUUGUACAUAGUUUUCUGCAUUAAAAUGAACCAAGUGUGCAGUGUUACGUGAUAGUUUGAUUGAUUGUGUUACGAGUAAUUUUCUUUAAGAACUGAAUCUUCUUAUUUGAUGAAAUAAGGUUCUGUUUGUGAUAUGGAAACCAAUUGGAAUAUAACGAUGAAAACUAUUGUUGAACAUGAUAUACUAGAAUUAGGUGCGAUGGAUAGCUUGCACGUAACCUCUCAGCAAACUGGAAGCAAAACCUCGAGUAGAAGCACCUCGCCCUGUCGGCCUCGGGAACACCAUCCAUACCAUCCACACCACACCAAAACACUCAGUCAUGGCUCUGCCGAAAGUGCAAAAUCUCAAGAUGGUGGAACAGCGUACACACACAAAGCUUCUCGUCACAGAUCACCAACUACUAGUCUAAACCGUACAGCAGACAUGGAUGAUUCUACGCAGUCCAGCAAUCUUGACGACACAGGGCCCCCUGUAGAGGGUGAUACGUCUGAUCUCUACUACCCUUCAUCGUUCUUGUCCAAUGGCAGCUCGGAACUCAAACAGGACGAUGAGGCGGAUGGUAUGGAUCCCAAGACUAAUGCUGUUCUUGAACAUUUAGGAAAUAAAAUCGUUAGGGUUAGGGAUCUAAUAAGGACUGAACAAAAACUUAGAGAUGAUAAUGUAAACGAGUACCUUAAAUUGGCAGCUAAUGCAGACAAGCAACAAGUCCAAAGAAUAAAAGCCGUUUUUGAAAAGAAAAAUCAAAAGAGUGCACAAAUCAUAUCUCAGUUACAAAAAAAGUUAGAUAUUUAUCAAAAACGUGUGCAUGAAUUAGAAACUCACGGCGUUGUUCAGAGUCACAGACCAAGGGAGGUAUUAAGGGAUAUGGGCCAGGGAUUGAAAAACGUUGGAGGUAAUAUUCGAGAUGGUAUCAGUUAUGUGGGAGGGUCUGUUAUGUCGAAACCUAGGGAAUUCGCACAUUUAAUCAAAAAUAAAUUUGGUAGCGCUGAUAAUAUUAGUCAACUUUCAAGUGGUGUAUUGGUUCCAUUUGCUAUCCGUAAUUUAAAUAGUAGCCCAAGGCCCGGUGCAACUGGAUCUGAGGGAAGCGGCGCUAAUGGCGGCAGCGAGCAGGGCGACAAGGUGCACCACGGAUCGGCGACGUUGCCGGCUACCUUGCACAUAGCCACGUCGCAGGGUUCAAUGGGUCAGGCACACCAACGAACGAAAUUCCCCAGCGAUGAGGGAAGCGAGUGCAGUAGCGUUACUAGCGACAGUAUCGGGAGGUAUGGAAGGCCAGAGGAAAGCUGCCACCAGGAUACCUUUUUAGACAUGAACAAGAAAAUAAGAACUGUCCAGGAACAAAUAGAUACUUUUAGAGAAAAUUUUGAUAACGUCAAGACCCUGCAGGCCGAAAUUCAGUUUUUAAAUGCGGCAUUGCAAGAAGAAAGAUUUAGAAGUGAACGACUGGAGGAGCAGAUUAACGACCUGACGGAGCUGCAUCAGAACGAAGUGGAGAAUCUGAAGCAGGCCAUGGCAGAUAUGGAAGAAAAAGUGCAAUACCAGAGCGAGGAGAGACUCAGGGAUAUACACGAAAUGCUGGAACAUUGUCAAACCAAAAUUCAAAAAAUGGAGCAUCAGGCUCUUCAGCAACAACAGUACGUUACCCUUGAGGGACUGGACAACUCAAACGCGAGGGCCCUCGUUGUUAAACUCAUCAACGUUCUGCUCACUGUGCUCCAAGUUAUUUUGUUGUUAGUAGCUACAGGGGCAGGCAUCAUAAUGCCUUUUCUUCGUACAAGGAGUCACGAAAGAUCAGUUACUGUAACAGAAAUCGUGGAUGGAACCGUUGGAAAGUACUCGCUAAGCGCCUCCAUAAGGUCGCCAUUUUUAGCAAGGACCGUUACCAAAACGUGAUAGGUUAAGAAUCCUCUCGACGGUGGUCUUAGUGAUAGCAAUAGCUUUUAUAUUAAGACAGUGGCCUGAAGUACAAGACAUCGGUUCACACGUCAUGAAACGCCUCAAAGAUAUGUUAGAUCCAGUCCAAUAGCAUUUACCUUAUCCCUUUAGCAAAUAAACUCUCUAGUUUGCAAAUUUUAAUGUUUGUGAACAAAAUAAAAAAAAUAUUAAGUAGGGACGGAUUUUAUUACGCCAAAUAUUAUCAAAAAUAUGAGUCGGAAUAUAUUAAAACUGCUUAAUGUGAAUGUUCCAUAAUUUUGGAUGCGUGUAAAUUUAUUUUAACGAAAAUUUUUCUGGAUUUAACGGGGCCAAAUUAGUUUUCAGAAGUUGUGCGUGUUCACAAAUGUAAACUUUGUAAACAAUGCUUGACUGAAAGGUCAGUGGAUUGUGAUUUUAAUUGAAUCUUGUAGGUAUAUUAAAUAAGUAUCCCAUUUUAACGUAGAUCUAGUGCAAACAUCGUGCACUAUUCUCGUUAUUUUAAUUUACAGUUCAAAAUGUAUCAGUUAUCGGAAUUUUCUUCUAGUUUAUUUUAUUACUGCAUUAUUAUUUUUUUUGUAUUUGUACAAAUGUGAUUGACAAUAUUUAUGUACGUAGAUUCAUAGUAAUUAAUUUUAUUUAUUGUGUAAUUUUUUUUAAAUAAAUUUGUCUUAAUAAAUUUACGUAAGUUUAUUGCGGUUUUUGAAGUUUUUUUUAAUUCGUUUGUCAUUUCUUGUGUCAAUUGCCCGCCUGUCAAUUUACAGUAUAAAAAUCUAAUUUAUUUGUUGCGUUUGUACAGUAUUUAAAUAUAGGUUACGUUGGUAAGUAAUUUACGAUUUUAUUUUUUUUAUUUCGAUGAAAGCUGAGCCCAUGGUGGAUUUAAGGAAGCUCAAAAUUUUUUGUUUAGAUUGGAUUUGUAUUACUGUAUAUAUAUUUUUAAAUUUUAACCAGUAUCCAUAAAGUGAUGUACAUUUUUAUCAAAAAACAUCUAGUUUAGAAAUAUUUAUUCCAGUUUGAUACUUGUAGACGUUUAAAACAUGAAGAGAAUGUUUAACAUAAACUGUUGAAUCAAACCAACUUAACUAAUUAAUUGUUCACACAAAUAUAGUUAUUGAUAAAUAGAAAA